CGUCAUAAUUGUGCGUCUUUACACGAGAAACAUCGGUUUUGUCCACAAUCCAGUGCGAGCAGAUGCUAACAUAAGAAAUGGCACCAUUAAAACAAAAUGAUAAAAGUAAAGGUCCAAACAGAGGAAAAUGCUUUAAUAACAAAUUUGCACAUGGCGGUUUAUCAUACAACUCCAAAAAGAAAAGAAAAUGGGUUCCGGAGAACAAAGUUUUUGAUGGUGGUUUAAAAGAGGGUCAGGGGUUUGCUUUCAAAAGGAAGGAGAAAAUAAAACAUGAAUAUAACAAACUUCUUCGAAAAGAGAGGAAGAAAAUGCAACCAUCCAAAAUCCAGUUAGAGGAGGAAUAUCCAGAGCAUCUGAGACAUCUAUACCUGGCGGAACAAGAACGACUAGACGAAGAAGAACAAGAAAAAAAGAAGAAAAGAUGUAAAGGGAGAGCAAUAGAUGAAGAGACAGAAGUAGACGAUGAACUAAAAUCAGUGCUGGAUUCUCCUUUCACUGAGAAACACAUCUCACACAACAUGACUGACAAAACUACUGCCUCUGAUUCAGCUAAUGAACCAGCAGGGUCUGACAGCUCCCACAAGACUCCCACAAGAUUCAUACAAGAAAAGCAGAAGCAGAAAAUGUCAUCGUAUCAGAAGACAAAGCAAGAAUAUGAAAGGAUAAAGGAGGAACGUGCACGGAAAAGAGAGGAAUUCUUGAAAGACAAAGCUCAGCGAGAAGAGGCUCUGAAGAAAUACAAGGAGAAGAAAACUGCAACAUAUCAGUUGUUGAAAAGAAAAACCAAAAAGGGUCAGCCCAACCUUAACCUGCAUAUGGAGCUGUUGCUGCAAAAGAUUCAAGCUCAGCGCAAAUAAUUCAUUAUCAUUCACAAAAUUACACUGUAAAGUUAAAAUGCACCAUUACUCAAUAAACUGUGCAGUUUGGGGGUGA